CAAGAUGUCCCGUAAUGAGAAGACACAUUACAUUGGUACAUUUAAAUAGACUACUAUACAGAAUAGUUAUGACAACUUUGCUCACAUGACACGAUCUAUUUAUUGUAUCUUUCCUCAUGAGCAGCUGCGAGUGGAUGGAAAUGAAUUUAAAUCCGCUGUCGCUAAACAACAAAUGCUAAUCACAAUUAAAUUGUUAUACUUUAUCCUCGAAAACUAAAUAAACAAUGCCGUCAAAGAGCUGGACUGCUGGAGUCACAUUGAAGAUCGGGACCGCACACGACGGACCGCGCGUAGAGGACGCCUCGCUCCACUGAGCCAGGCGCAUGUACCACGGCUCUGACGGCUCGAGCAGCUCCAGCCCUGCAGCUCCGACUUCCUGUGUGCUUCUCCCUCCUGCGGGCUCCACACGUCGGUUAGGACACGUCGCCGUUGGGACGCCCUCCUCUUCGUCGCUGUCUCCCCGUCAUGUCCAGGUCCAGUCGGAGGUACAAGCCUCUGCAGCAGAACCUCGAUGGCUCUCUCGUCGGAUGUGACCGGGUGCGGAUGCCCCGGGCCCGGGUGCUGCUGCUGUGCCUCGUCGGGGUCCUGGUGUUCGCGGCGGUGCUGGGAGUCUCCCUGUCAAACGACACCGGCAACGGACCCGCGAGCCGCGAGCCGACCGCAGAUCUGACCAAAGACAGGUUGUCCCACAAAGCCAGCAAGUGUUCGCCGGCUCAAAUCCGCCGUCUGGCCUCUCAGGUGGAUGGCAGCCGCCUGUGGGAGACCCACCUGAGGCCCAUCUUGAUUGAGAGGCUCCCAGGGACACAAGGCAGCCUGGCGGUCCAGCAGCACAUCACCUCCACGCUGUCUUCGCUGUCCGCCGGCUGGACGGUGGACUUGGACUCCUUCCAGUCUUCAACCCCUCGGGGCCAGGUCACCUUUACCAACAUCGUUGCCACUCUGGAUCCUUCGGCCCCGCGCAGGCUGCUCCUGGCCUGCCACUACGACUCGAAGGUCCUGCCUCUAGACCCCCGGGCCCCGGAGAAGGUGUUUCUGGGGGCCAGUGACUCGGCAGUGCCAUGUGCUAUGAUUCUGGAGCUGGUCACCUCUCUGGAUGCCCAGCUCCUCUCAUACAAACAGCAGAAAGUCCCAGUGUCUCUCCAGCUGGUGUUUUUCGAUGGGGAGGAGUCGUUUGAACAGUGGACCGACGCAGACUCGCUGUACGGCUCCCGUCACCUGGCUGAGCGGAUGACCAACACGCCUCAUCCUGCAGGCGCCACACACACCACCAUGCUUCAGGCUGUGGACCUUUUCGUGCUGCUCGACCUGCUCGGCGGUCCUGAUCCACUGAUCGUUAAUCACUUCGAUAACACGGCGCGCUGGUUCGACCGUCUGAUCGCUGCAGAGAAGAAACUCCAUCGGCAGGGCCUCUUGACGUCUCACCCCUCAGAGCAGACGUAUUUCAGGAAGGAUGUGUACCUCGGACCUGUGCUGGACGACCACAUCCCCUUCCUUCACAGAGGUGUCCCUGUGCUACACGUCAUCGCCACUCCCUUCCCACAGUUCUGGCACACACUGGACGACACGGAGGAGAACAUGCAUCGUCCCACCGUGGUGAACCUGACCAAGAUCCUGGCUGUGUUUCUGGCAGAAUAUCUGGGCUUCUGAAUACAACACACGGACACAUUGGGCUGACGUUGCUCACAUUUUAACCCCCUCCUGGGGUGCUAAUGCUUUUUGUCACAAUGAGGACACAUAAUUGUAAAUGAGCAGCAUGAAUUAGACCUUAUGACACAAAUGGAGAACUUGGUAAAAUAAACUAAACUGUUCUGUUUGGAGAGUUGAGUCUGUGAAUUUAAAGGCACUAUUUUGUAUUUGUUUUGCUUCAUUCCUGUGAAAAAUUAAGCAAAAAUCAUUCUUAUGAAUUUCCCCCAUUAAUACGAUUGAGAUGCACUAAUCUCAGAGUUGAGCUCUCUGCUGUAAACACUCAUUCAUGUCUGUGAAUAAGGAGUUGCCUUCACUUGACGGAGGAUCCUCUUGGCCUUACAAGCUGCUGUUAUUAAUUCCAGCUAUAUUCUAUGGCUAUACUUCACAUUUUGUGCCAGUGUAAUGAAGUUAUUUGAGUUCAAAGACAACACAUUUUUAUUUACACCAUAUAAAAGGUGUACUGAAAAGUCUGCAAUAAAGUUGUAUUGAAAUUC